AAUAUCGUUGCUGAGUGAACUUUAUUUAUUAAUUUUAUUUUCAUAUUUCUGUUAUUUGUGUUUUAGUUCACAUAUUUAAUUUAUAAUGGAGGUAGAUGGAGACACACCGAAUUUAACAGACUAUGUGUCUGCGAAUGGAGCUGGUGGUGGUGGGAGCAUCACAAAUAACACAGAAGUGAUAGAUAUCUCAGAUUAUCCCGUCAACGAAAAGAAAAGCCGAAUUUCCAACGCCUACAACAAAGACCUGUGCAGAGACAACAAACCUCUAACAGAUUUCAUAAACAAAUGCCUAUUUCUCGACCCAACCAGUGGCAUGGAGACUGUUAUUAAUAAAAUUUUACUUCCAUCUUAUGUUAAAGCUGACAAGGAGUAUAAAGAGUCGAAUAAAUUCAGAAGAGUUAUUACAAAGGCAUUUCAAAGACUGAUAGAUGAUCCUGAUAGGAAAUACACUCAUAUAAGCGAUGUUGUUGAUACCCUGAAGUUUCAUGUUGAAACACCGCCUCAAUCUAAAAUGUCUCCUGUAAAGAAAAGAGUGAAUUUUAUCACGCUGUCUACUAAAGUGUCAGUACAACCCAAUAAUCAUGAAAGGAAAAGACCAAUGAUUCAAAGUAGCAGCAGAAUCUGCCCACCAAAGAAAUCUAAAUCAGAAGUUAUUGCACUGGACUGUGAUGAUGAUGAUGAAGUUAUUCCAAUAGAUGAUGAUAAUAGUAGUAAUCAGGACAAAGUGGAUCACAAGAGUAAAUCACAAACAGAGGAAGAAAAUCUAGUCAAUGAUGAUACUGAUACAAUUGAAAUUCAGGAUAGUCAAGAAGUAAAAAUAACUGAUGAAAAGGAAAGUGAUAAUUUAGUAAAUAAAUUAAAUGGCGAUAAAUCUAUUGCUGAGCACAUAGAAGCGAAAAGUUAUGAAAUUGAACAUGAAAAAGAAAAUUUAGGUUCAAAUGAAAACUUAUUAGUACCACAUAAAGAAAAGAUCGUCAGAUUAGAGAAACCAAAAUUAAAAAAGAAGGAGCCAGUAAAAAAGCCUGAAGAAAUGACAGAAGUCGAGAAAGCCAGAAGGAUAAGAAUAAUAGAGGCCAAGAUAGAAAAAUACAAUAAAACUAUUGCUCAACUUGAUUUGGAAGAGGUCACAGAUGAUUCUUUAAAUUCGCCUUAUCAUAAAUGUGAUCGCUUGCGAGCAACAAUCGUGAAACUAUACAAAGAACUAUGUACUUUAGUUGGUGAAGAGCCACCUAAAAGGCGGAAAAUACAGCUUGAAAUCAAAGAGGGUGUGCCCCAAGGGCCUAUCAAGAGGCUGGAGAAAUUCCUCAACAAACGGGCAGAUGCGGAGGGCGAGACUCCGUUCCCGGACUUUAGUGAUGUGGUCAGAUGUGUGGAGAAAGCCAAUGAAGCGGACAGUCUUGGGUGGAGUAAAGCGAAAAUUAUGAAAGAAGCUCAGUCAAUAUUCACGUACUGCGGACGCGCGCUGCAAAAGAAACGUCAGCAGCGCGAAUGGAAACACCUCCGCGCCAUGGCGAGACCGGAAGAGUUCGAGGCCGAUCCAGCCGAGACAGAUCUGGAGUUGCAGGCGAGGCUGGAGGCCAACCGGCGCCUCGCGAGUCAGCGGGAGGCCGAAGUCUUCAACAAAUACACACAAUUGGAGGACGCCCCAGAACCAGCGGCUUCAACAAGCUUCGCAAUAGAACCUUCAAAACACGAUAGCUCAAGCGACGAAGAUACUGAACCGACUCCUACUGUACUAAAAGAAAGUAACAAUAAUGAUAACAUUACAAGUAAUGUUAGCGAGACUGGAGUUGUAGUUAAACAGGAACCAGAGGAAGUGCCGAUUAAAAUUCAGUAUCAGGGUGAUAUAAGUCUGGUUAUAAACAUAUCGGACUCUGAGAGUGAGGAUGAUUAUGGUGUUUUGACGUUUUAAUUCGUCCGGGUUUAACCCAUCAUAAUUAUGUUGUGACACAGAAAUGUGCCUUAUUUGAAACGUUCAAAUCAGAUUUUAUACCUUGUACUGAAAGUAUUAAAUCAAAGGUGAGACCUACCGUCAACAUCGAAAAUCUAUCGCUCUUGCAUGCAGGCAGAUAACAUAUAUUGGCGAUAGGCCCUCCGUUUCCUAUUAUAUUUUUUUACUCACUACGCACGAUAUGUUUCGGGAAGGAGAGGAUGUCGUAAUCAUUUUAGUCUCGUGCCGCCCACCAUACAAAAUUAUAGCCAAGGAAGUUAGAAUCUUGUUGUAUUUUCAAUUAGGUUGAAUUUCAUUUGUACAUAAGUUUUACGAGACAAAUGAAACGCUACCUACUUUGUCAUUCCAUCGAAACUGAGUGUACAUCCUAAUGUACGACGACAUCCUAAUGUAAUGUACGGCGGCACGAGGUUAGGUUAGUAUUGAGAAAAUCGAUCGAGAAUAAAUUCAAGAAGGGCUCGAUAAUUUGUAUGUAACAAACAUACUCAACAGUGGUGCUUUCUUGACUGUAUUGUUUAAUGUAUGUUACUGCCUACUGCGUAUGCCUGUUAUUAUUAUUUUUAUUUAAUUAUUCUCUUUACACUAAAGGCUGACCCAUGUUUGGUUGACGGUAAACUGGGGUUACUUUGAAUGAAAACAUUGACCAUCGAUUUUUCAACUAUAAGGAGUUGGUUUCUAAACGUUUUCAUCAUUUAUUUACCUCUAUCUGUGGUUCCCAAAGUUGACUGGGCUCCGAGCCACCUAACAAAUACUGCCAAAUUCGGGACCCCACCUCUUGGCCGUCUUAAAAAGGGGGCAUAAAAUAUUAUUGGUAACGCUCAGAUGCCCUAGUAGUUCCAGGGCCCACUCAAUAUUCGCUCGCGACCCAUGGGUCGCGACCUAUAGUUUGGGAGAGAGAGAGAGAGACCUUUAGCAUCUUGACAGAUGAUUUAUGCAGCGGCUGUUAGCGAGGAACAACGUCUCUCGUGGCUGUAUAAUAUAAGCCAAUGCGGGACCGGCAUUUGCGACCGCAUUUAUGGCAGCUGAAGCAGGGAGCCAUGUCGGCAUCAUCAGGUGGAUUGUGCCUCUGCGCGUUUUCGGGCAAGGUCUUGGAACCAUGCGUUGUUGUGGAUUUGGCGAGUUUGGGAAUAAGGUUGACAACCAUAUAUAAUUUUUAAGCUAGCAUUUUAAAAUCAACUCCCUGUUCUCAAAAAUCGAUGAUCAAUGUUUCCCGAUUUUAAGUAACCCCAGUUUAAGUCUUACGUUUAGUUUAUUAAAGUUAUUCAAAUUAUUUUGUUAGAAUAUUUUAUUGUGAUUAACACUUACAUUUAAUGAAAAGUUUUGUAUUCAUUACAAAUUGAUGUACAUCUUCUUGAAUAAAUAUAUUUUAUUAAAUGUUAAAUAAAGAGGGACGGGUAGGUAGUCUGUUUCGUCGCGGGAUACUGUCGCCCCAAUCAUGUGCUAGCUGGUGCGGAUGCACGCGCGCGAGUGCCAUUUCAGGUAAAAUAUUUUAGGUAAAUAUACCCGUCUCGCUAACGGAAGCGGUUCCUAAAACUAGUGCGAUAAAGACAAGGCGAAAAACCCCGCGUAAAAAUCUCAAAAAUCGAGGUUUCGUACUCGACUGUUUCCUCCUCCAAAACUUAACCAAUCCUAACCAAAGUUGGAAAUCUAAAUGAUUAUGAAAUUAUCUGUGUCGGACCGUUUUGCUUUUUUGGCUAAUUGAUAUCAGUUUUGAAUACUACGCCUCUCAUUGCGGCAUAGUCAAUUAGACCAUUUUGGCCAUUUUUGAAGGGCUCUAGCGCCUUAAAAAACAAAAAUAUCAAAAAAAGCAAAACAGUCCGACACAGAUAUUAACAAUAUUAAUCUGUGUUGAAAAAAUCAUUGCUCUAGCAUCAAAACCCACGGAGCAAACAGUCGAGUACGUUUGUAUGGAGAUAUGACCACUCCUGUUGGCUCUUAAGAUCGAUUUUCCUAGGAUAGCGGUGCAGUCAUAUAGCGGCCGUCUCCAUACUAAAUAAUACGGCUAAAUAUGGAUGUCGUAGUAUUUAUAUGGACAGGCCGCUAUAUGACGGCACCGCUAUCCUAGGAAAUCAGAGCAUUAGCGCUGCUCCGUGUAACCGUGCGAGCUAACGGACGCCCAAAUAACGUCUUAUCAACCGCCUCAGUUAAACGGUACACUUCAAUUGAUAAACGUUUGUAAAUUGAAAAGAGAAGAAAAUAAAUGUUUUGUAUAUA